GACGUUGCCUCCCCUUCUCUCAACACUCCUUUCAGAGAUGGCUACUAAAGCUGCCAAUGAAGAUGCUGUAGGAGGAGCACUGAAAUAUAAGACAUGGGUUUUGAAAGUCCUCAUCCAUUGUGAAGGCUGCAAGAAGAAAGUCAAGAAAGUUCUUCAAGCCAUUGAUGGCGUUUAUGAGACGAAGAUAGAUUCUGAACACCACAAGGUGACGGUCACUAGCAGCGUGGAUGCAGAAACGCUCAUCAAGAGACUCACCAAGUCGGGAAAACACGUCGAGCUUUGGCCGGAAUUAAAGCCUGAAAAGAAUGACAAAAAGCCCGGCAAAACUAAUAACAAUGACAAACAAAAAGACUGUGGAGCAGAAGCCGGUGGUGAUGAUAACCAUGACCCAAAGAAUAAUAAUUCAGGUGAGAAGACCAAACCAGCCGCUUCCAAAAACGGCGGUGCCGCUGCUGCUAAAGGCUCUGCCAGAGAUAAACAGCAUCCAGCAGGGGACCAAAUGGGAGGCAAAAGCGAGGAAUCCGACCCCUCCCAAAGUACUAAUGUAGGUAAUAAAAAGAAGAAAAAGAAAGGCCAAAAAGGCAACCCUGGUCCCAAGACCGAUACACCACCCAGUGGCGACCACGCCCGACCCGAUGCAUCAAUCGAUCCGAAUCAUCCAAUGUACCCUCAGACACCUUUGCUCUACGGCUCUCCAUUUUGUGGGGUAAGUAAUUAUCACACCACUUGCCCUAGCUCAACCUCUUCAUAUUAUGCAGCCCCUACCAUGCAUUACGUGCCAACGGCUCCACCGUGUGAUCCGAACGAUAAAUUCAGUGAAGAUUAUUACUACUACCACUACGAUGAUGAUGAAAGUGGCUGCUCAAUCAUGUGAAACAACAAAGCUGUCUUUACCUUUUAUUGGGGUUUGAAGGGUGUUAUAGUUAUUAGGUUGUCUUUACGUACGUUGUCUGUCAUAUCUUUUUUUUAGGGUUUCGUUAUUAAGCA